AUGAGUGAAACAUCUGCUAAAAAACUAACACAAGAUCAGUUAAAGGAGUUAAGAAAGCACUUGGCCCGGUUCAAAAAAGAUGCUAGCUAUAAACGGCCUCGUAACACACCGAUGGCCAAGGACUUCGGUGAGAUCUCCGAUUAUCUUGAUGGAUACGACACUGCAAACGAUAAAAUCAGCUUUUUAUACAAGAAGCUACCUACAAACGAACAGAAGGAGCAUUCUUUGUUGAUUUGCAAGAGGAUUGCUGUGGUAAAUCGGCUCAUGGAUUACUUAUGGAGAAUCCAUCAAAAGUCCGUGCAAGUUACUAGAUCCAGCUUUAUUUCCAUCCCUGUAUACGACAUGAAGACGGUUGAACAACUAGUUAACGUUAUGGUUAUUGAGGGUGUGUAUAGUUGCUUACCAGAUGGUGUUGGAAUUCCCUUGGAAAAAAGAAGAAUGAAGAAUUUCACAGUCCCUCUAGAAAUCCAUGCUGUGCCUUUCACCAAAGGCAUUCCAAUCCUCGACUCAAUCGUCUCCACGCUGAUCAAAAUUUUCUCAGAGAAAAGUGAUUUAAGGGACUUGAUUCAGGUUGGUUCUGGAUUUACCGAUGCACUAACUUCGGCCAUUGUUUUGACCAUUAACCCAUCGAACUCUAAGAAGGAUAAAGAGAAAUACAGCGGAUACGUCAAAAUCCUUGAAGAUGCCUCGUCCACAUAUCAAUUGUUCUCGUUAUACACACUUUUAAUAGCAGCAUCUGGUCCCAGCAGUCGACGGAAUGCGCUAUCAGCUUUGUUUAGAAGCUUUGUGCUCGAAAGAUUAUCAAAAUUACUGGUGGAAAGAUCCAAUAGUGGUGUACAGGCUAUGAUAGACGUUGUCAUGGGACUUCGUAAUGAUGACAAUAUUGAUAUCUCAAGAAUCUCUCAAGUUGUUAAAGUUAUUGUCAGUUGCAAGCCUAAACAUAUGGAUGACGCAGAAUAUUUCAAUAAUAUAUGCGGACAACUCUAUGAUUUGCUCGUUUUCGUGAAUAGGCCAGUGAUGACUACAAUAGCAGCUGCAGUUAUAAAAUCCCUAUUUGACAAGAACCCCAAAAUAGUUACAGAUUUUUUGUUUAAACGUGUCUGGCAGGCAUUCAAUCCUGAAUUGGCCAGCCAUUCUCCUGAUGCAAUAGUACUUACAUCUGAAGUCCAGUUAAACAACGCUUUCAAUGUUGCCAUUUCAUUUUCAAGACAAUUGAUAUCUCAGGAUUUCUCCAAUACCAUGUUUAAGCCACUUAUCGUCCCACUUUGGGGAUAUCUUAUAUAUCAGAAGAAGCAGAAGAAGGACUUCAUUCUUGUGGAAGAAACGCUGGUUUCUGUACUUUCCUUGGAACAGAGACAGGAUGGGUUUGAGAUGCUUUCCAUUCUAGUCGACAAUCUUUACUCUCUGCAAGGCUCUAAUUGGCAGUUUGCAGAAGGUGAUAAUGGAUUAACAAUAAUUAAAGAGGUUUUGAGUGACGAUAAAGCUGCCCAGUUUGAAAAUCAUUUCUUAUCCAUUCUUGAUGAUGUUGAUUUGAGCUUGGAACUAUUCAGCGAUCUUCUACGGUCACUUUAUGCCCACGAUCCGGAGAAAUUAGAUUUUGUGUUCACCAGGGCCCUAAAAAAAUGGAUGGUUACCAGUGAUGAUACUCACCAGCUUUUAGAAGGCGAUGAUGAUCCAGUCGAAAUGUUGAUGAAUCUUAAAUUGGUGCAGAUGAUUGUUGAAAAUUUCAAGGAUGAGUUGGCCGCAUCCCCUGAUGGAUUACUUGAAUUUGUCAUGUUAUUACUUUCAAAGAAGAGUACCGGUUCUUCUUCGACGAUUCCUUUAGGUGCUCCGGACUCAGAUGAUGAAGAUGAAAUAGAUAACUCUCGUCAGGAUAAUGAAGCUGUUAACACCGCUUUAGAUAUAUUAUCAACUGUUCUCAGUGUGAUAACGGCGUCUAACAGUUUUACGAAGAAUACACUUAAAUUAUUGAAGCAACUUGAUGAGGCUCUUUCCCUGUCUGACGAAUAUGCAUCCUAUGGACCUUUAAAGGAUCAGGUUAAAAUUUUGGUCGCCAAAUCAAGCUCAUUAGAGACCAAAGAUAAUAUUAAGAAGAAAGAAGAGGACAGAUUACUAGAAAAAGCUAUGAAGAGUAUUAAUGAUCCUGUUCCCGCGGUUCGCAUUUAUGGCAUGCAAUUAGUUCGACAAUUAGUGCAUCCGAGUGUGAAUAAGGUGAGUAUCAACUUUGCUAUGAAAAUGCACCUUAACCAGCUUAAGGACGAGGAGCCCUUUGUUUACUUCAAUGCGAUUAAAGGCAUGGAAACAUUACUUUCCAUGAACGUGAAACAGGUUCUUCCUGAAUGUGUGAAGAUUUAUGCUGGAAUUGCCAAGAAUCCAGUAAGUUUGGACGAAAGAUUAAGGAUUGGUGAAGUGUUUGUGAGAUAUUUUGAGAAAACUAGUUCUUCAAUCACUGAAGAGACGAUUUCGACUUUGCUGGUUCCAUUGAUGGCUCUAGUGAGUAAAAAAGAAGGAAAUAAGCCUGUCGAUAAUAGAUUGCGCAUGUCUGCUAUGUCCAUAAUUGGAAGCAUUUGUCAUAACGUGCCAAUACCCGAACUUUUGAGUCCAUUUUUGUCAGAUGUUGUGGAUCUGAUCACUGGUAUUCUAACAUUUGAAAAAGGUAUAGAGGAAUCCGUUAUGAGAAGAUCAGCUAUAGUUGUCAUUAGCGACAUAAUAACUUCCAAAAAUGGUUUAAGUUUGUUGGGACCAUAUGGUGCUAGACUGGAAGAAUCAUUGAAAUACAUCACUGAGAAUGAUAACGAUGUGUUGGUGAGAAACCAGGCCAAGGAGGUUCUAUAUAUCAUCGAUGAGUCCUUCGAGAGGAAGUUUGAAAAGGAUUUUUCUCUACAUAGUUAG